CGCACAAGUAUUCAGCUUAUAGUUGUAAAUCACAGCCAUAUAUAGUUUACCAAACUGAGAAAAACAAAGAUCAUGAUUAUCACAACACGGUUCAGUUCAGUUCACAGCAGAAACGACUUUACCUGAGAAGAUGAUCCGUUUUUCUCUGUACAAAUUGGUUAUGCUGCUGUUUUUCAUCAUUGCAUUCUACUACAUAACCCGCUGGCAGAUAGUUUUACAUAAUGAAAACGAGACACACCUCCAAAGGUUCGUACACACAUGCAACAUUUCCGAAGCACAGCGGAACGAAUUGGAGCAAUUGUUCCACAGGGUUCACGACAUACUGGGGCGCCAUGGCCUUACGCACAUCCUCUGCUACGGCACCCUCUGGGGUCAAAUUCGGAUGGCGAAAAUGCUGCCCUGGCGCAAGAAAGCGGAGUUUUGUGUAUUCAACGAAGAACUGAUGGCUCUCGAAGAAGCAAGCUUCCUGCGGUCCUUCUACAGCAAUAAUUUGAAAAUCUAUUACAUACACUCGGAAGGGCUCUAUCGGAUUUUCCCGGAAAAUCCGGACAUCGGUCCGUACGUGGAACUGAUUGUCUUUCAGCGUGACGAUGCGCAAUCGAUGUACAAACGAGUUGGCUGGAAGCGAAGACUGCUGCCACCACACUGCGACUGGACGCCUUCUUUGGAUUGCUUUCCGAUACAUUUGUUGGAAUCGUCGCUGCCUCGUCGCAAACUGGGGCGAUACUUCUACAGUGUGCCAAUGGGAGGAAUCGAGCUGCAGAAAUAUCACUAUACGCAAAAUUGGUGGAAGGAUGUUCGAGUGUUCAAUUGUUAGGACUGUUUAAUUAUUGAAUUAGUAGCUUAAGUAGGAUACAUGCAAUAAAUAUAAAAGUGAGCAGUUGCCCUAGGAUCAAUUGCAACAUUCAA